UUCUUCAGCGCAUGCGCAAAUGAGCGACUAAAGUGGCUGGAGCAUCCGGAGCAUAUCGUGCAGUGACAAGCGUUGACUUGAAAGUUUUCUGCAAUUAUGGCGGUUAGGUUGGUUCAGUCUCUUCCCCGUCACGCUGUGCAUUUAUUUUCCUUCUCAUUGAGGCAUAACGUGCCGCUUAGGACUGUUAGGAGGUCUGCUCCCAUCCUCAGCAAGGUUCACUCCACCUGUCAGGGCAGCCAGAGUCUCUCUACAACAAGCUACACUGAGGAUGGAAGCCUGGUUUACACGGGCAGCCUGGGGACUGCUAUUAGGGGGGUGAAGAUAUUUUCUUAUAGUACCAGCGGCGCCAGCCUCAUCCUCAUGCCUCAAAUCCUUUUGAAGACUGGAUUGGGAAUGGGUAACAUUGCCCUUGAGGUUAUUUCCUGUGGCAUCAUCGGCUUCUUCACCUUCCUCACUCCCAUCAUCCUCCAUUUCAUCACAAAGGGCUACGUUAUUCGUCUCUACCACAAUCCAGAUAGAGAUACCUACACUGCCAUCACCUAUAGUGUCUUCCUGACUGAGAAACGUUGUGUGUUCCAUCAGAGCCAAGUCCGGAUCCCAGCUGUCAGCAAGAUGUUUGCCAACUUCUAUGCUGGCCACAUGGGGCUUUUUGUGAAUCCAGAUCUCUUCCCCAUUCCUCAAGACUAUAACCAUCUCAUGGGCUACGAUAAGCCCUUUAGCUUUACCAAAGAGGACAUGGACAAACCGGACAAAACCUGAAAGACUGAAGACAGGCUUAAUGUUAGAUUAAUUAACAAUAGAAAUAGGCAAAAUUAUUUUUUCUUAUUUGUAGAGGUAUACAUCAUUUAUGUAUUGUUUUUCACAAGCAUCUUUACCUCUUGGUGAUUUUUGUAUGCUUAGUGGUUUAAUGCACUGUUUUAAUAAAAACUAUAAAGUAUCAGGACAGCCUUA